CCUAUUACCGGGCGCGCAUACUUACGAAACACCCAAUCUAUGCCUUGUGCAAGUAACCGCGGAACCGGCCGCUUUAAAUACCGAGAGUUCCUUCCGCGGACAAGUGUCCGACUUGAUCCAUUGGCCGAUGGUGGCAGGAACGAUGCAGACCUCACCUUUCCUUCCGGCCAGCCCAACGGGCAGGGGUAGCAAGGAUUUCUACGUCGACAACCUCCUGAGGAAUCGGACAUUGGCCAGACCAGUGCCUCUGUCACCUACCUUCCUUAAAACGUCGGGCACAGAUGAUGUCACAAAAAGGUCCGACUUGAAAUUUGGUGUCAAUGCCAUUCUCGCUUUAGACAGUAGGGAGAAAAUCAGUCCUCCGAGGGAUCUACACAACCCGAGUGAUUAUUUUAAUUCUACCUUCAGUUCCUUUACAUACCAAUUCAACAAAAGUCUCUCCCGGCAAUAUCGGCAGCCUCCACCCUUACAGUACGUCAACUUCAGAACGCCUUUUAUAUCAGGAUCUCAAGUAAAUCAUGGCUACCAGAGUCUUAAUGGAGCUAUGAUUGGCCAAAAUGUACCACUUACCAUUACGACAUCAACCACAGUCCUUCCCUCCUCCUCGUCUGUUGCUUUCCCGUGGGCCACAGCGAGCCGUGGAAAGCCCAGAAGAGGAAUGAUGCGGAGAGCAGUUUUUUCAGACGCCCAGAGGCAAGGGCUCGAGAAGAGAUUCCAGUUACAGAAAUACAUCAGCAAACCAGACAGGAAGAAAUUAGCGGAAAAGCUCGGACUCAAAGAUUCUCAGGUCAAGAUUUGGUUUCAGAAUCGUCGAAUGAAAUGGCGGAAUUCCAAAGAACGGGAAUUGCUUUCUUCUGGAGGUACCCGAGAACAGACCUUACCAACGAAACAUAACCCAAAACCAGAUUUAAGUGAUAUUGUCCUACGUGUUAAAGUUCCUACCGGAGAUGAGAGACCUCGGGAUAAAAUAUCUGACUUAUCUUGUGACUGUCCAGAAAUGGAUGAUGAUACUUCAUCAGAUGGAUUAGAACUCAAAGUAGUUUAGAUCAAAGAUACUACUCAUUCGACUAAGACUUGGAACAUUAAAAGGUCUUACAACGAAUGAUCAGAAUUUUCAUGUGAGAAUGGCUUAGAAUGAUUCGAAAUUAUGUUUAUUAUUUUGACAUUAAGCAGGAUCUUGUACAUGUUCAUCAACAAGAUCUUUCAUUUAAGCAAUGUUAAUAAUCGAAGGAAUUCAUUUUUGAAAUGCUGCUAGGCGGCAUCUUGAAUACUAAACUGUUUUUUCAGAGGAAAGAAAAGAACUAUAUAUAAAUUAUAUAUUUUCCCUCAGUCGGAUAUUGUUAUUAGUUUUCUCAAAAUGACGAUCAAGGGAUCCGUGCAAAUGCAAGGCUAGAACUGUGUAUUGUAUAGUCUUCAAAAUAAUAUGAAAACUAAAAGAUGAAAGACUCUGGUUUAAUUCGCCAGUUUUGAUAAAUAGUUUUUAUUUGAAGUUGGCUACUUAUUUUGUAAAAGAUCUUUUGGAAUCUCCUGUAAAUUUUUAAAUAAGUCAGCUGUAAAACAAAUCAUGUUUGUAAAAUUAAUGUAAUAUGAAACACCUGAACAUAUGAACGCAAAUAAAAGUUGAUUAUUGUUAGCAUUAGAAAUACUUAUAAUAAA